AUGCUCCCUACAGCACUCAGUAAAUCUCAGAGCGUGCGCCCCACAGCACUCAGUAAAUCUCAGAGCGUGCGCCCCACAGCACUCAGUAAAUCUCAGAGCGUGCGCCCCACAGCACUCAGUAAAUCUCAGAGCGUGCGCCCCACAGCACUCAGUAAAUCUCAGAGCGUGCACCCUACAGCACUCAGUACAUCUCAGAGCAUGCGCCCUACAUCACUCAGUAAAUCUCAGAGCAUGUGCCCAACAUCACUUAGUAAAUAUCAGAGCGUGCUCCCUACAGCACUCAGUAAAUCUCAGAGCGUGCGCCCCACGGCACUCAGUAAAUCUCAGAGCGUGCGCCCUAGGACCCUCAGUAAAUCUCAGAGCGUGCUCCCCACAGCACUCAGUAAACCUCAGAGCGUGCACCCUAUGGUCCUCAGUAAAUCUCAGAGCGUGCGCCCUACAUCACUCAGUAAAUCUUGGAGCGUGCACCCAAUUGCCCUCAGUAAAUCUCAGAGCGUGCGCCCUAUGGCCCUCAGUAAAUCUCAGAGCGUGCACCCUAUGGCCCUCAGUAAAUUUUAG